AUGAGUUCGAGCGUGACCGCGAGUCAAGUCAGUGACUCCGAGGCAGGAGCCUGGAUGGCAGCUGAGAAGUAUAGGGUCGCCGCGCCGUCUCUGCGUGAUGGACUUUUGAUAGUGAAAGUGGAGGAAGACUCACCCGGAGGUCAGGAGUCGGACCUGCCCGCGGACUGCCAGGAUUCCGAAAAGUCGCGGCAGCAGUUUAGGCGGUUCCGUUACCAGGAGGUGGCUGGACCCGAAGAGGCGCUAAGCCGGCUCAGGGAACUUUGUCGCCGGUGGCUGAGGCCUGAGAUGCAUACGAAGGAGCAGAUCCUGGAGCUGCUGGUGCUGGAGCAGUUCCUGAGCAUCCUGCCCCAGGAGCUCCAGGCCUGGGUGCGGAAGCACUGCCCGCAGAGCGGGGAGAAAGCUGCGGCCGUGGUGCGCGCUUUUCAGAGAGCGCUUGAUGGGGCCUCACCCCAGGAGUUGGUGAAGAUUGAGAAUGUGGCUGUGUCUCUAAACUGUGAGGAGUGGGAGCCUCUGGACCCAGCUCCGAGGGAGUUCUGCUGGGAAGGCGCACAGGAGGAUCAUAGGACCUCGGUCUCACUGGUCUCGCCGAGUUUGGAAACCAGAAUGGAGAACAAAGACUUUAUUCCAAAACAAGAAAUUUUAGAAGAAGUAGAGCCGCAGGGGCAGCUACAAGAAGGGUCCCACAGGAAGGCUCCCCCUGGAUGUAGUGACACUGGUGAGAUAGGGGUAGAAAAGCAGUCAAGAAAUCCCUCAUCAUUGAAACUGGAAAAUUCUCCUGAAGAGGAAGGACUCCCCUGCACCGCAGAUCUCAAGAAUGGUCCCACGGAGGAGGGAGACUUCAGACAUGGCCAACUUGGGAACAGGGCCAGAAGUUCAAACUCUGUUCUUUGUCAGCACGUGCAGGCCACAGGGAGGCCCGUUGACCACAAUGACCUGGGGGACAGUUGUACACAGAGUUCAGAGCCGGUAAAGCAUCACACAGUGAAACCUCCCCGCUCCUUUGACAGCGAGGAACAGCUCCACAGUGCAGACCUCUUUAAGACCCAGCGACAGCUCCGUGAAGAAAGGCCGUAUAAAUGCGGGAACUGUGAGAAGAGUUUCAAACAGCGUUCUGAUCUUUUUAAACACCAGAGAAUCCACACGGGGGAGAAACCCUACCAAUGCCAAGAGUGUGGGAAGCGCUUCAAUCAGAGCGCUGCCCUGAUCAAACACCAGAGGACACACACGGGCGAAAAGCCCUACACCUGCCCUAAGUGUGGGGACAGCUUCCGGCAGAGCUCCCAUCUCACCCGGCACCAGAGGAUCCACAUAGGAGAGAAACACUUCGAGUGUCACGAAUGCGGGGAGACCUGCCGUAUUUCCAACCGUUUUAGACAUCAGAGAAUUCACAAAGGGGAGAGACCCUACACGUGUGAGGAGUGUGAGAAGAGCUUCAAACGGUGCUCAGACCUCUCUAAACACCAGAGGGUCCACACUGGGGAGAAGCCGUAUGGGUGUUCUGUGUGUGGGAAACGCUUCAGCCAGAGUGCAACCCUCAUUACGCACCAGAGGACUCACACUGGAGAAAAACCUUACAAAUGUCUUGAAUGCGGGGAAAGCUUUAGACAGAGUCCACACCUUAUCCGACACCAAAGGAUCCAUAGAAAUAAAGUUCCACCGUUUUGA